AUGGCCAAGAAUCCACUUUUAUUAUAUCUAUUAGGAGAUUCAUUGACGGAAGGAUACAUCAAUUUUGGUACAGAUUUUCACUCAUAUAGUAUCAACUUACAGAAAAGAUUCAAGCAAGUUGGAAUUGAAGUUGUUAUUAAAGAGGAAGGAGUAUCAGGUGAUCGCGUACUUUCAAAAUAUAUGGAAAAAAGGUUAAAGGAAUUUUUAGAGGAAGUUUCGAAUAAAAAUCAAAAAGUUGAUUGGGUUAUCAUACUUGGAGGUACAAAUGAUCUGUUUAGUUCGAGCGCGCAAAGAAUUUUUGAAGGUUUAAAAAAACUUUACAAUGUUUGUGAAGAAUAUAAUACCAAAGUUUUAGCAAUGUCCAUCCUUGAAUUUAGAGCG